UCAAGUUGAUUGUGAAUAGCUCUUGUUCAGUGCGCUAUGAUAAGAUUAAUAUUUACAUCUUGCUGUGUGCAUCGGUCUCUCAAGAUUGGCACGCAACAUGAUAUUUUGGUUACUACUGAUAAUAGUCACAGAGACAAGGGUGGCUAGGAGUAGGGAGCCACCCUGUUUAACAAAGGAUAUUUGCCCCUGUAACACGUACUGUUCCGAGCAGGCUGACUAUUCCGUCAAGUGUUAUCCAUGUCAUAGUGAGUGUGAGCCCAGCCAAGGUUGUGACGGCCCCAUGUCUGAACAGUGUCGAGCUUGUAAAACUGGCUACACCAAACAGCCUGGAUUCUCUCCAUGUAGAGCGUCAACUUGUCCUGUUGGAACCUAUGGGAAUCAAUGUAAGAAUCAAUGUCAUUGUCAUAAGAAUUACCUCUGUGUGCAGGGGAGAUGUACUGGAGGCCAAUGUGAACGUGGUAGGACAGGACUGCCCUUCUGUCUAGAGGCCUGUCCCGCCCAAACGUUUGGCUUAGACUGUCGCCUUAUCUGCCACUGUAAGGACCAAGAAGACUGCAACAAGAUCCAAGGAGACUGCCCGAGCUAUCAAUGUGAUGGAGAGUGGGACGGGCCAGGAUGUCAGAGAAAACUGCCCAAACUUUAUUUCCCUCCUCAAGUGCUGCUUUCGAAGUGCAAUAAUAUCACAUUGAGAUGGUUUUCUUUUGACGAAACUGAUGAUAUUGGCCAAGGACCCAUUGGUUUGUAUAAAGUCAUGAUGAAACAAAUGAACGGUGACAUUUGGUUUAAUCCUGUCAACGUGACGGAUCCAGAUAUUGUGACAGACAUACAGACAGACAGGUCAUUGAAAAAGGCGCACGUUGUCAGCAUCACUUCCGGUCUUGUGGCUGAUGUGGAGUAUACGUUCAGAGUGGACAUUGUGGCCUCGGAGUACGACAAAUUGUUGAAAAGGGCAGUCCCAGGUGAACCCAGCAAAGCCAUCUUAUACAAGUGCGACAGCACGCCAUCUUGCCCUUUUGGAACCUACGGUAACGAAUGUCAGAAUCAAUGUCAUUGUCUUAACAAUGACCUCUGUGAGCAGGGACUUUGUAACGGGGGCAAAUGUGAACGUGGUAGGACAGGACUGCCCUUCUGUCUAGAGGUCUGUCCCGCCCAAACGUUUGGCUUAGACUGUCGCCUUAUCUGCCACUGUAAGGACCAAGAAGACUGCAACAAGAUCCAAGGAGACUGCCCGAGCUAUCAAUGUGAUGGAGAGUGGGACGGGCCAGGAUGUCAGAGAAGACUGCCACGGCUGAAUGAGCCUCCCUCGGUGCUAGUUUCUACGUGUAAUCGCAUAACAUUGUUCUGGCUGCCUUUUGACACUACUGUUGACUUAGGCGAGGGACCUGUUGGUUUGUACAAAGUCAUGAUGAAAGAAAACAAACAGACAGACUUUUGGCUCAACCCUGUCAACGUGACAGAUUUACAACCUUUGAAAGAAAUACAGACAGACAGCACAUCCAAAAUGGCGCACGUUGCUAGUAUCACUUCCGGUCUUCUACCAGAUGUUGAGUACACGUUCAGAGUGGACCUCGUGGGCUCGGAGUACGGCAAGUUGUACAGCAAGGCGGUCCCAGGUUUGCCCAGCAAAGCUACCUUACACGCGUGCAAAGGUGCAUGUCCAGCUUUUACUUUUGGUGACACCUGCCAGUAUCAGUGUCAUUGUGAGAGAAGUGAAGACUGCAAUAAAAAAACAGGCGUUUGCUGGAGUGAAACUUGCCACCCUGAUUGGUUCGGACCUUCCUGCCAACGUAGGCUACCCAAGUUGAGGCAACCGCCGAGAUUAAUCAAAUCAGUUUGCAUGAAUCUGACUCUGGAGUGGGACGCAUUCAACGAGUCUGUUGACAUUGGCCAAGGACCAGUUGGGCAAUAUAUGGUUUAUAUAUUAUCAAGCCAAGAAGACCCAACAGUGGCGUGGUACAACGUGGCCCAAGUGACCCACCUGUCAGGCAAACAGUCGUAUGUCACCAGCGUCAUUUCCGGCCUGCGUGAAGACUACGAGUUCAACUUCCGGGUGGAUGUCGUAGGCACCGAAAACGCUAUGCCGCUGGACAAGUGGGCGCCUGGCUUUGUGGCACGCUACCAGAACAAGUGCGAAUUCUGCCCAUUGAAGACAUUUGGCGCCAAGUGUGACAAGACCUGCCAUUGUAUUGGAGACCAAGAAUGUGACAAAGUGACUGGUCAGUGCCCCAGUGGUCGCUGUCACCCUGACUGGUAUGGGCUUGAUUGUCAAAAAAGACUACCAAUGUUGAUAGAUCCUCCUCGGCUACAGUCUUCAGCCUGUAUGAACAUCACAAUCUCUUGGAAUACUUUCAAUGAAUUGUCAGACGUGGGUCAAGGUCCAAUAGAUAUGUACAGCAUAUACUUCAAGCCCGCAUUGUCCGAUGCGACAGUGUCCUGGACUAACGUACUGAAUGUGAGUAGCUCGAACUCACAAAAAUAUAUAGCCAGCAUUGUGGACGGUAUGAUGCCCAAUGUUGAAUACCUGUUCAGAGUAGACGUUAUUGGAAUAGAUCAGAGGACAGAGAACUUCAAAAGUACAACUGGGCUGAGCACAUGUCCCAUACUUAACAGUUGUAAAAGUCGUCCUAGUGGUACAGAAGUGAAUUCCGUGGGCAAAUAUUUUAUAUUUGUUGUGGCUCAAACUUCAUUAGAAGGAAGAGCUCAAGAAAUGAGAGCAUUUGUUCAAACCUACACACCUUUGAAUAAAACAGUUUAUGUGGUCGUGUUGACGAAAAGAUUUUCAUCUCAAACAAAUAAAUCUCGUACAAAGUCAGUAGAAGUGACGAGGAAUGUUCAGUUCUUUAGCAUGACAGAUCUUUCAGAUGCCGCCAAACAAAAUAUUGCCUGGAGAGAUCUCAUCUUUAACAUGUUCAGCAAUAACGAAUUUGGUGUUACAUUACUCUUGGAGAAAGCAGCAGUUCAGUUAGCUAGCAUGACUGUACUUCCGGUGGCCGGGUGGGAUGUCAAAUACGUCUGCUUUGGAAUUAAAGAAAGUCAACACGUGGUCGUUCUCAACUUGAAACCUGGCAAUGACAUCAUCGUUUUAUGUAGUCACUCUAGACUCAGUCAUAACUUUUCAAUGAGUGAAAUGUUUUCGGCUGUCUAUAUUGACUAUUGUACUACAGGGUCUAGCAGUGAUAGCUCAUUUACAGGUCUCUCAUUGAGUGGAACCCAUCCUUUUGGUGUGAUAACAGUAGAUUCUCUCAACUAUUACACAGACUUCUGCGAGGAUGUUGAAAAUUUUAUUGGUAAAGAGAUGCCUUUGCCACUGAGCACUUUCGGCCAAGAAUUUAUCACAAUUCACAGCAGACUGUCCGACAUUAAUGAAGUGUUUGUGGUGCAGGCUUUACACGCGUUCACCAACGUGACUAUGUUGAAACAAAAUCAAAACAACUCGAUAGACUCUUACAGUUUCUUCAUCCAACAACACUUACAGAAUGUACUGAUUGAGCCCAAAAAGUACGGAACUCCAGCAGCUCGAUCAGUGGUCAUCAGGAGUAGUCUCCCAGUGCAAGUGAUCUACGUAAUGCAGCCACCGUGUCCCCAGACGAAGCAGUUGGUAGGGGAUGUAAGCUACACAUAUCUAAUGCCUGACCAUCUUUUUUAUAAUGAAUAUUAUGUCGGAAUUCCAGCGUUCUUGGGUGUCAAUGUCUCUGUAAUGAUGGUCAUAUUACAAACUGCCAUAGAAUCACUAGCACUAAACGGCCAACACCUACGAGAGUCAAUAGCAUGGGAGAAUGUUGUAGCAAAGCCAGGAUGGUCGUUUGGAGAAAAACUGUUGAGUUCUUCUUCUAGCCGCAUCACAGCUGACUAUUUAUUUGGGUGCUACGUUUACGGAGUCGCAGAACACAAGGCCUUUCUACACGUUGCCGGAUAUAAGUCAUGCUUCACAGUCACUCCUAACAUGCGACCAUCAGACUGCUUAAGAAACCUUACUUCCAGAGAUGCUUUAGCCGCAAGAAGCAAAGGCACACCGGCCUACGACAUCACUUGGCAGACUACAGUCAUCGUGCAUCUAGGUUUACUAUGUUCGUAUCACAUUUUAUCUGAUUUAAAGGUCAAAGAUUCACUUUCUUAGUGAGAAGUAAAGGAUUUCAUUGCAAUGAAAAUACAUGUAAUAUGCUGUACUUAAAAUAUGCGUCCCAUUCACUACAGUUUUCAUAGAACCUUCUUUAACUAUUUUCGUCUGUUUAUCUCACACAGGUUCUAGCCCCCACACCACACACAGGUCCUAGUUCUCUCAACACACACAGGUUCUAGCCCCCACACCACACACGGGUCCUGGUUCUCUCACCACACACAGGUCCUGGUUCUCUCACCACAUACAGGUCCUGGUUCUCUCACCAC